AUGGGAACACCUCCUCCGAAGCACAAAUUAAAGGAAGAAGCGUGGGACGAUGACAGUAAGUACCAUCCACAACAACGCUUGGGCUGGGCACUUGUGUCCACAAUACAAGAACAAAACGCGGAUUCCAACACAUCCUGCUAGCAGCAGCUAGUCGGCUGCGAUUACAGCAAGAUUCUACUCGGAGUUCUGUCAUGAAUAAUUGAGAUAUCGCCACAACAAUGCUCGCCCCUCAUCUCACCUCCCUAUUCUUCGUCUUUCCUCUCCUAACUAACGCAGCAAUCCUCUUCGCUGCGCAGUCAAACGGCGAUCUGAGUACGCUCUCACUCUCGCAACAUGAGGAUUCGUAUAACCUGUCCGUGACGUCCACCACGCGAGAAUGCGGCGGAAAUCCAUCAUGGCUCAACAUCGAUUCAGCUCAACGCCUUCUGUACUGUCUGGACCGUGGGCAGAGCAAUGCAACGAAAGGAUCUCUGAAUCUGUUCAGAAUCGGCGAGAAGGGGCUUUUAAGCAGCAUCGAUAGGGUCGAUGCGCCGUUCUCAGGUGUGGCGGCAGAAUACUUUGAUGUUGGGGAAGGCAAGAGGGGAUACGUGACCGCCAGUUACACGAAAUCAGCAAUCGCCGCCUUUUUGUUCCCGAAAAAUGGGUCGUUGAGCCCAGCCUCGCAGACUAUCCACCCGACUCACAACAUCACCGGCCCCAUUGCUUCGAGACAGGAUGACAGCUAUUCCCAUCACGUCAUCCUCGACCCUACGCAUCCGUAUAUUCUCAUUCCGGAUCUGGGCGCUGAUCUAAUACGUGUUUUUACAUACACACCUGGGACCGUUGCGCCACUGACAGAGCUGGAGCCGUUGAAGACAGAGAGCGGGGCAGGGCCCAGACACGGCGUGUUCUGGCAGGCGCCUGGGGAGAGCGGUGCAUGGUACUUACUGUUCAACGGAGAGUUGAGUCAGAAAGUAUAUUCGUACCGGGUCACCUACAGCUCCAGCGGUCUUGCAUGGGAGCCGGUUUCUGAAUCCGCAGUUCUUGGAGAGCUCGGAGAGACGUUGCCACCGAAUACUGCGCCUACGAGCGAGAUUGCUGUUUCUCCCGAUCAGCGCUUCGUCGUCAUCUCGUCUCGUGAGCACUCGUUCCCAACUUCGCUCCUUCAUAAGAAGAAACCCAGCGAUUCACUCGCGACUUUCAGCAUCCAGGAUGACGGCUCGUUACGUCUGGUGCAGAUUGCGCCCAGUGGAGGACAUCUACCGCGCCAAUUUAGCAUCAACAAGAGAGGUGAUAAGGUUGCGGUGGGCCACCAGGGAAACAGUACGGUUGUUGUUUUGGAGAGGGAUAUAAGCAGUGGGGAGAUUGGGGGGAAGGUUGCGGACGUGAAUCUGCGCGGACCAGUUGUGUUUGUUGGGUGGGAUGAGUAG